AUCAAACCACUUUUUAAAGCUCACUUUUUAUCUUUCUCUGGUUGAUACUUUAAUUUAUUAGGAACUGUCUUCUACUUUGUCAUGAUGCUGCACGAAGCAAGUAGCCGCCCCAGGCGUUUUUCUUUGGCGAAACUGUUUACUUUCCCGCUAUCAUCAUCGCUUCAGAAAACUCCCCCGUUGAGUCUCUCUCAUCCCUUUAUUCGUGUCUCAAACUCCCUCCUACUCUCGCAGACCCUCCUGACUGUGGUUUUCAAACUCCCCUGCUUGUGUUGUUUUCUGUGCAUUCAUCUGCUCUCAUUCGUCCCUCCCGCCUGUCUGAAAGCGUUCUGCUCGCUGUUUAUGGUCUCUCUGUGACGGAGGCCACCACCACAGAGAGAGAAGAGAAAAGGAAAUGAGAAGGGGAGGCAGUGUCUUUCUUGUCUUUGUGGCGUGUGAGGAACAUACAGUACUUGUUCUCGGUUCUGUGUGGAUGAGGGAUUGAUUUAUUGUUUUGUUUUCCUGCUGUCCGGGUGCAAAAGCCGUUGCUGACUUAACAGACGGUGAGAAUAUAUGCACAAAUGUCUAGCUACAAGCGUGCAACAUUUGAGGAGGAGGACGGGACAGACGUCCCUGCAGAUGGAGCCAUCUCUCCUGACAGUGUGGAGGUGGGUUUCCGUAAGGGUGGUAUUCAGUUAUUUGGUCCACUGGGCAGGAGAACUCAACUGGAAGUAGUGUUGGCUGGUCUGCUUCUUGCUUCACUUCUAGCUCUGUUUGGCUGUGCGAUUACACUGGGAGUCCGCUAUAACAGAGAUCCCACCCGUAGUAUCUGUCUAACAGAGGCAUGUGUAACCGUGGCCAGUAAGAUUGUGGAAGCUCUGGACCGCUCUGCCGACCCAUGUCAGGAUUUUUACCAGUACGCCUGUGGAGGAUGGGUCCGCAAAAACCCCCUGCCAGAUGGCCGGUCCCGCUGGAGCACAUUUAACAGCAUCUGGGACCAGAACCAGGCUGUGCUCAAACACCUGCUGGAAAAUGGCACCUUUAACUCAAGCAGUGAAGCAGAGAGGAAGACACAGUCCUACUACCUGUCCUGUCUUAAUGAACAGCGAAUAGAAGAGCUUGGAGCCCAACCACUCAUCGACUUGAUUGCAAAGAUAGGGGGCUGGAACAUCACAGAGUCCUGGGACAAAGACAACUUUCUGGACAUUUUAAAGAUCGUUUCUGGACCCUACAGAGCUCAGCCUUUCUUCACUGUCGGUGUCAGCGUUGAUCCCAAAAACUCCAACAGUAAUGUCAUUCAGGUUGACCAAUCAGGACUCUUCCUCCCAUCCCGAGAUUAUUACCUUAAUAAAUCCAAUGAGAAGGUGUUGAAGGCUUACCUGGAUUACAUGGUCGAGUUGGGAUUGUUGUUGGGAGGAGACAAGAAUUCCACCCGAGUUCAGAUGCAGCAGAUUUUGGACUUCGAGACGGUGCUGGCUAACAUCACAGUGCCUCAGGACGAGCGGCGGGACGAGGAGAAGAUCUACCACAAGAUAACCAUAGCUGAUCUGCAGGUGCUGGCUCCAGCAGUUGAAUGGCUGGAUUAUCUGAACUUCGUUCUGUCACCGCUGGAGCUGAACGACACUGAGCCUGUGGUGGUCUACGCUAAAGAAUACCUGCAGCAGGUUUCGGAUCUCAUCAACAAGACCGACCACAGUCUUUUGAAUAAUUACAUGAUCUGGAAUCUGGUGCAGAAAGGAGCGUCCAGUCUGGACCAACGCUUUGAGAAUGCUCAGGAUAAGCUGCUGGAGAGCCUCUACGGCACUAAGAAGUCCUGCACUCCACGCUGGCAGACGUGCAUUGGGAACACAGAUGACACUCUUGGUUUUGCAUUGGGUGCUCUUUUCGUCAAAGCCACUUUCGACAAACAGAGCAAAGAAAUAGCGGAGGGGAUGAUCAAUGAAAUCCGCACAGCUUUCAAAGACGCGCUGGAUGAUUUGAACUGGAUGGAUGAACAGACCCGACAAGCUGCCAAGGACAAGGCGGAUGCCAUCUACGACAUGAUUGGAUUUCCAGACUUCAUUCUGGACUCUAAAGAGCUUGAUGAUGUGUAUGACGGGUAUGAGGUUACAGAAGACAACUUCUUCCAGAAUAUGAUCAACUUCUAUAACUUCUCAGCACGAGUGAUGGCAGACCAGCUGCGCAAGCCCCCCAACAGAGACCAAUGGAGCAUGACUCCACCCACGGUGAACGCAUACUACAUGCCCACCAAGAACGGGAUCGUCUUCCCCGCCGGCAUCUUACAGGCCCCCUUCUACGCCCAGCAUCACCCCAAAGCUUUAAACUUUGGUGGCAUUGGAGUGGUGAUGGGACAUGAGUUAACUCAUGCCUUUGAUGACCAAGGCAGAGAGUAUGACAAAGAUGGAAACCUUCGGCCGUGGUGGCAGAACUCCUCGGUGGACGAGUUUAAGAACCGCACCGAGUGCAUGAUCGAUCAGUACACUCAGUACACCAUCAACGGAGAGCACAUCAACGGCAAACAGACGCUGGGAGAAAACAUCGCAGACAAUGGCGGCCUGAAAGCUGCCUAUCAUGCGUAUCGCUCAUGGGUGAAGCAGAACGGCGAAGAGAAGAGACUCCCAGCUGUCAAUCUGACAAACGACCAGCUCUUCUUCGUAGGUUUUGCACAGGUGUGGUGUUCGGUCCGAACACCAGAAAGCGCUCACGAGGGCCUGAUGACGGACCCUCACAGCCCUCCCAAAUACCGUGUAAUCGGCACUCUGUCCAACUCGCCCGACUUCGCAGAGCACUUCCAGUGUCCACUGGGCUCGCCCAUGAACUCAGGCCACCGCUGCGAGGUGUGGUGAACUGUCACCCGCCAGACACCAGCACGCUUGCACAGACCAGCCCGGCCAAAAAGCACUCCACGGACAGCUCUGGCUCUUUGUCAAGCGCUGUUUUUUAUUUAUGUGCUCCGAGUUAUUUGAGGAGUUGGGCUGAAAGCAGGAGGAUGAAGCGAGCGCCUGCCAACGUUGAUGUUCGACCCGUAUCAAAUUCUCCACCAUAUCAGACUGGCUUUAUUUAUUUGUUUGCUGGACUUGGGGGGCGCUGAGAUGCCCCAACCCACGCUUACAUGUGUGUCUGUGUGCUUCUUACCUUGAUUCACAACAAACCUGAUUCCUCGUCUUCUGAUCUGGAAGAUGCGAGCACCGCGAUGCCGCUGGGAAUGCCUCACAGGAAAGGUUUGGCUCUAUCCAUUAUGACUUUACAGGAAGUUUCACAUUCACGCGGUGACCUCACAGGAAGUUCUGAACUGCAUCUUUGACCCCCUACAGGAUGAAAGCCCAUUUCCCAAUAGUGAUUUCAAAGAAACGCUAUCAAACCACAGGGAAAGCCACUGUUUGUUCGUCCGAUUCUGUGUGUCAUGUAUUGAUCUUGACAAAGUUGAAAUGAAAUGUUCAUUUUAAACUGCUUUUUGCCAAAGAACAAUUUUAGGUUUGUUCCUUGUGUAAGUGAAAGUUUGCACUGCUUUGCCUUCAGUAACUCCAUUCCAGUGUAAUUCCACUGUUUGCCUACAGACGGUGACUUGUGUGUGAAGGAUAUAUUUCCAUCUCCAUGUCGUGCUGAACUUUGUUGUCUUGCCAUGUUAUGUUCUGAAAACCACUAAAAGGGUGAAUCUCACCAUAUUUCACUCCAAAAUUUAAAGAUGAUGAUGAUUAUUAUUAUUAUUAUUAUUUGCUUAAAAAUGUUUUUGGAACUAUUAGGAUUUUUUUUUUUUUUUUUUUUUUUUUUUAGAAUGAU